UCCUUUCUGUCUUCGGUCCAGAGGCGGUCCGAGAGGGUACAGAAAAAAAAAGGAGGAUGUUGAGGGCCGCGGGGAGGCGAUUUCUAAGAUUAGGGUCGGAGCACCGGGCUCCGACGGCGGCGGUGGCCGCGCGGGGGUAUCACGAGAGGGUGGUGGACCACUACGACAAUCCCCGGAACGUCGGCUCCUUCGACAAGAACGAUCCGACGGUGGGAACGGGCCUGGUCGGCGCGCCCGCGUGUGGCGAUGUGAUGAAGCUCCAGAUAAAGGUCGACGAUGCCACCGGGAAAAUCGUCGACGCCUGCUUCAAGACCUUCGGCUGUGGCUCCGCCAUCGCCUCCUCCUCCGUCGCUACUGAAUGGGUGAAGGGAAAACACAUGGAGGAAGUGUUAUCCAUUAAAAACACAGAAAUUGCCAAACACCUUUCUCUUCCCCCAGUGAAGCUCCACUGCAGCAUGCUUGCAGAGGAUGCAAUCAAAGCUGCUGUGAAGGACUACGAAGCAAAGAAAACCAAGCUGGCAGCCGGAAACGCUGAGACCACACAGACGGAGAAGGUUGAUGGCGCUUGACAUGCCACGGUCAUCAUACCACUAGAUGUUGUUGGUGCUGUGCUCGUGUGUUAGCUUUUGCUUGGUGUGCCAAUAUCAAGUAAUAUGUCACUAUAGCAGAAUAUGUCUUGAAUAAUAAAUCUUGAAUAUGAUCGUGAUUUACAUUA